AUGGCCGUCAACUCGCGGUUCGAAGCGUUCGAACCAGACCUCGAGGACUGGGACGCCUACCUGGCCAGGUUCGAGUUCCACCUCCCGGCGAACAAGGUCGAUGAUGAAGACCAGCAGAAGGCGACGCUCCUCAGUUCCUAUCGGCACGCGUUCUAUAAACGGUCUCAGGCGGCCAACGAGACAAUAGCUGAAUAUGUGUCGGCAUUAAGGAAGGCUGCACGCCCGUGCACCUUCUCCGACCUGGAGGAAGCGCUCCUCGACCGGCUCGUCUGUGGCAUGAAGGACAAGAAGCUGCAGCAGCGGCUGUUCGCCCGGGAAGCCCUCACCUACGCUGUGGCCUACUCAGAAGCUGUAGCCGCUGAGGCCGCGGAGAAGGCAACACAAGAAGUGCGUCAGAACCUGACCCCAAUCCAACAGGGGGCCAGCAAGUCAGUGCACCACGAAUCAACAAGCGAGUCCGAAGGAGAGCACGAUGACGUCAACCACUCUCGAGCUCUGAGGGCCAAGCGGACCACAGUGAAAGCCACACCAAGGCGCAACAGCUGCAAGCCCGUGCCCGACACCAUGACUCUCUGCCACGGGGUGGGCUACAGCGAGAUGCGCCUGCCCAACCUCCUGGGCCACGACACGGUGAGGGAGGCCCUGCAGCAGUCCGCCUCCUGGGUGCCCCUGCUGACCAAGCAGUGCCACCGCGACACCAAGAAGUUCCUCUGCUCCCUCUUUGCCCCCGUGUGCCUCAGCGAGCUGGAGGAGCCCGUCUUCCCCUGCCGGUCCCUCUGCGAGGACGUCCGAGAGGGCUGCAGCCCAGUUAUGGCCGCCUUCGGCUUCCCCUGGCCCGAGAUGCUGAACUGCAGCCGCUUCCCUCGGGGGAACGAGCUCUGCAUCCCUCCCGCCGGCUCCAAGGACGGGCUGCUGCCCCCAAAGGAAGAUGCUGUCUUUCCAGCCUGUCUCGACAAGGGGCACAAUGAACAGGAGUUCUUGGAAAUCUUCUGCAGCCAGGAUUUCGCGCUGAAGAUGAGCAUCCGAUCCGUGUCCGCCGUGGAAGGCGACCUGAAGGUGGUGGCGGAAAGCCGGGGCCGGACUCUGUACAGAAAGGAUGGCUGGUCCGAGGAGGAGCUGAAGAAGCCGGUCCUGUGGCUGGCCGGCGGAGAGGCCUGUGCUUGCCAGGAGCUGGCGGGGCCGGGGGCCGUGGUCCUUGCCAUGGGGCGCCGGGGCGCCGGUCGGCUAGUCAUCUCGUGGGUCAGGAAGUGGCGGCACGGAGAGAAGGAGAUGAAGAAGUUCUCCCGGGCCGUGCGGAAGCUGCGGUGCUAG